GCCUCCACCUCAUUCCACGCUGUGGCAGAGCUGGCACAGCAUCGCCGAAGAAGAACCCCCGAGCUGCACGCGCGCACCUCUCCGCUCUGAUCCCGUCGCAGCCGGCAGGCGCGCGGCGACGCACUCAGACUGCACAGCGUCGGCGCAACACAGUGCCUAAAAUUACCACUGUCCGCCGCGAGCGCGCGCGCGCGACUCUGAGGCUCCCUUGCCUUGUUUCUCCCAGAACCUGAACAGUGGGAGAUCAGAAGUAAUAAAGCGCGAGACCCGGACUCGCGAGGAGCUGCUUCUUUUUCCCCGCAGCAGUGCGCGGAGGGCGACAGACGCGCCGAGAAGGCAGCGGGGCGGGAGGACGGUGGAGGUUCAUUUUACGCACAGCAGCGCUCGCCGAGCCCCGUCUGAAACGCGCGGCCGCCCGCCGGGACUGAGCCGCGCCGCUUCGCCCUUUUUGGUGGGAUUUGCACUUGACCGCACGGCGGGGAGGCUGGGAUGGUGUCCCUCGUGAUCGUGGCUCUGGCGCUGGGCUCUCUGGCGGCACCGGGCAGCGGGGACAAAAGCUUCAGCAAAGCCCGGAGUUGUUCGGAUAUCAGACUGUUUUACGACGGGAAAGGGUUCCCGCUGGACGGGGUGCCACAGUCCGAAAUAUCAGGGGAACACCUGCGCAUCUGUCCCCAGGGCUACACCUGCUGCACCAGCGACAUGGAGGACAACCUGGCCGUGCUGAGCCGCCGGGAGACGGAGGGGCUCCUCAAAGAGGCCGGGCGCUCCGUGCAGACCUCGCUCACCAGUCACUACAAGGCCUUCGACGGUUACUUCAUGGAUCUGCUGAACCGCUCUGCCAUCAACCUGCAUGAGACUCUGACUUCAGCUCUGGGGCCGGUGUACUCCCAGAAUUCCCAGGUCUUCUCCGACCUGUACGCGGACUUGAGGCUCUACUACCGCGGCUCCAACGUCAACCUGGAAGAGGUCCUCAACGAAUUCUGGGCCAAGCUGCUGGAGAGGCUCUUCUACCAGGAGCACAGAGAGCGCUCCAUAGGCGACGACUACCUGGAGUGUGUUUCGAAGCAGAUAGAGACGCUGCUGCCCUUCAGAGACAUCCCCCGCGUGACCAACAUGAUGGUGACGCACACGUUCGUGGCCGCGCGCUCCUUCGUUCAGGGCCUGGUGGUCGGCGGGGAGGUGGUGCGCAAGGUGUCCCAGGUGCAGCUGAGCCAGGAGUGCAUGCGCUCCAUGAUGAAGAUGACUUACUGUCCCCAUUGCCGCGGCAUGGCCUCAGCCAGACCCUGCCCCAACUACUGCAGAAACGUCCUGAAGGGCUGUCUGGCCAACCAGGCCGACCUCAACACAGAGUGGAGGCAUCUGACAGAAACCAUGAUGUGGGUGGCCGAUCGCUUCGACGGCCCGGCCGGAGUGGACAGUGUGCUCCUCUCGCUACCCAGUCGCAUCUCCGAAGCAAUUUACACCAUGAUGACUAACAUAGAGACAAUCAACAACAAGUUGUUCCAGUCCUGUGGCAGCCUCAGAGAGGGAGGAACCAGCAGCACCGAUGUCAGUGACAUCAUGAAGAAAGGGAGGGUCACAGUGGAGGACACGCUGGGUUCAAGCUCCACCAGAAUGGACACACUGGUGCCUGAAGUAACUGCGCUACUGAGGGAGCUGCAGACGUACUGGGUUUCUCUCCCGAACGUUCUCUGCAAUGACAGAGUAGCGACUGGAACAGGCGCCGAGGAGAAGUGUUGGAAUGGCAUGAACCGGGCCAGGUACCUUCCUGAGGUGAUGGGCGAUGGCCUCGCGAGUCAGAUCAACAACCCCGAAGUGGACAUCGACAUCACCAAGCCAGACAUAACGAUACGCCAGCAGAUCAUGCAGCUCAAGAUAAUGACUCACCGCCUGAAGAACGCGCUCAACGGCCAGGACGUGGACUUCCAGGACACCAGCGAUGAUGUCAGCGGUUCUGGAAGCGGCAUGUGCUCCGACAGUUCGUGUUCCCGGAGUACGCGCCCCGCCUUCCCCAGCACCGACCAGCCCGUAAACAACCCAUAUCCCCCAGAAGGUGGAAAGGUGAAAGGCGCGGCCGACAGGAGCCUCCCGUCUCCCACCCUCUACUUGCUUCUGCUGCUCAUGGUGCUGCUUCGACGAUAAUUGAUGGGGGGGAGGAAGCCACUAACUGGGACUGAGUCUGGGACAAACUGGGUUUGGGGAGAGUCAGAGAGGGGAGGGAGGAAACGCCGGGGGUUAGUUACAUUGCCAAAACUAAAUGGGUAUAAGAAAACAACAACAACACAAAAAUCACUUGGACGAACUUCCUACUGGUUUUGGAUUGGAACCAAAUGGAAGUACUGGUAAAUAUUUCGGUUCUGCCCUUGUCUUUUGUUUUCUUCUUAUAUGAUGACACCAUUUGAGCUGGUCUUUCCACAUAAUGUUUUGUUUCUGGUGUUUGGGUUCUGUACCUGAGACUGAUGUUACAGCUGAUGGAGAGUUACAGUACGGAGGAUGGGGCUCAGACGUGUGCGUUUGCCAAUUCGCUCCCUCAAAACAGAAUUCAUGCUCAAUAGAAUCAUUUAUUUCCCGAAGCUGGAAUGUUUAUCAUUUACAAAAAAAAAAAAAAAACACAACAAAAUGAAGUCAGAUAGUGGUUCUUUCACAUGGAGAGUGAACAGGCCAGCGUUGCCUCCGGAGCCCUCCAUGCAAUAAGCCUCAGAAUAAUAUCACACGUCUGUCAGCGGGGACCUUUACGCACCUUUACGCCACGUCAUCGUGUGAGCUGUAAUAAAAGCAGCGGCCGUCUAACGUGGGCGUAACGGGACCCAUCCUCCACCCCUCAGCCCCUCAGCCCCACGCCCCCUCCCCCCUCCCUCCCUGCUGGUGACGGAUCAGGAUUCUGGCCGGGUUCAGGUCUCGGGUGACGCCAGCGUCCCACUAUAGACCUCUGCAGUGCACGUGGGGGGGUGUCGAACGAGCAAACGGACCGGCAGCGAGACGGAACCGCUGCUGUCAUGUAGCCGCUUUUUUUUUUUAGUUCUAACGCGUUCAUCUCGACGACGCCCCGUGUUCCCGUGAUUCGCCUCGUAAACGUGAGCGGCGGCGUCACGCGCCUCUGCCUAACUGCAGCAGUGUUCCAUGUCGCUGCGAGCUCCGCAUCUUUGAACCACAUUAUCGUUUCUGUGGCAGACACAACAGUGUACAUAUUUUUAACUUCUUUUUUUUUUUUUUUUUUUUAGGGAAAAUACCCAGUUAGGUACCAAAACCGUAUAACUGCCACAUAUGCAGCGUGCUAUAACUCAUAUUUCUGUCAAAUCUGUCAAAUCGUAUCAAUACCUGCGUUUCAUAUUUCCAUAUUAGUCCCUCACCCAUCAGCUCUAAUGACCUUUAAAGCAUUCCUCACGCUUCUACAUGAUGGCGCGACGCCGUAGUGAGAAUGUUAUGGGAACGUGGGGAUUUUCCCCAUGAGAAGCUUGCCGGGGAGCCAGUGCCAGGAGAAUGGGAGGAAGAGUGUAAAUGUUUGUACGUGAAAGAGAGACUCUAACGAUGAACCUUUCUUUGGAUGGGGCCGGAAUGAAAUGCUUGAAAAUGUAUCGGCUGAUGUGUGAGCAAUGCAAAAAGACUAAAGUUGAUGUAAUGUGUGACACGUUAUGGUGACGCUGUUUUCUUUCUGACAUGCGUCUGUGCGUGUGUGCGUGUGUGCGUGUGUGUGUGUGUGUGUGUGUGUGUGUGUGUGUGUGCGUGUGUGCGUGUGUGUGUGCGUGCGCCUGAUUGUCUCUCUGCCUUGCGCUGGGAUCGAAACCACAGAUGUAAUCAGAUUACACAGCAGAGAGCGGUUAGCGUUAUCCGGAUCCUUCGACGGUGACAUUCCAAUUCAAAGACAACCUGCAACUCAGGCCUCACAACUUCAAUUUCUGUGACUGCCUCUCACUGUCAUCAGCUGAACUUUGCACAAAUCCCCCCCUUUCACCUUUUGAUCUCAUUAACAUGUGGCACACGCCCCCCUCCUUUUUUUUUUUAUAAAACCUGCACUUUUAUGAGGCCAAUAAAUGGCAUCGUCUGCACAGAGACAUCACGAGCGGGCCGAUCAAUACGCGAGCGAACACCUCCCUGAGACGACUAUUGAUCGGAGCCGUGCGUAUGCAGAUACUGUAGGCGGGGCCCGGCCCGGUGCCUCCUGUUCAGCUGAGGGGACGCCGUGUAGACACGACGGGCCUGAGCGACAGGAAGCAGGAGGAGGGGUUUCCCAGUCCUAUUGUCCAUGACCGUAGGUGCCAAGAUCCAAAGCCGAUCAUUGGGCCCGAUUGUUGGGUUCUAACACUGAGCUGAGAAUAGGAGGCGUUUCAGAGAUCUUAUAAUUCUCUUGUUUUAUCUGCUUUCGUUUCGAUGUUAUGAGAAGAGUUGACGAUAGACGUCAGAAAGAAGUUGGAAACUACAAAUGUCUCAUUUGCUGUUGUACCUGAAAUCUUGUGUCAAUUAUAUACAUUGUAAGAUUUUCAACAUGCCUGUGUCUCCUCUUUGUGGUGUCAGUGUCACCUGUCCAAGUGGUUUCCCAGGGUGCACUGGGGCAACGCCGCCGCCUAAAAACGAAGGGAAAACGGGCCAGCACCCUCCAGCCAUGAUGUCAGAGUUGACAGCUGCUGCCUUGUGUUGCCACACAGGAAAAGCUGACGCACAGUAUGUUGUGAGCACACUAAGAGCUUUGUCUUGUCAAGGGGUGCGUGACCGUGAUGCGGUGGGAGGCCGGUCUAAAGGUCUGAGAGACUUUGUUCUAGUGCAGCAGUGACAGUGAGGUGUCCAUCGCUGUCAUCUUGAUGUCAUGUCAGGGCGACAACAUUUAACCAGGGCGAUGAAUAUCACAAUAAAAGCUCAAUGUCAACCUUUUAA